AUGCCGCGUCUGCAUUUCACAACGUUGCAGUCCGCAAACACUGUUCGAGCCUUCUCCACUUCCAAACCGCUUGCAGAGAAGCCCCGGCGUAAAAACCCAUCGGUUAGGGUAUGGACCAAGCAUGGUCUUCAAUACGAAGAAAUGGUGCAAUCUGUUGCUCGGUUCGGUCCCCAAAGAGCCACUCUACCACCAAACCUUGAGGAAGUGCGACAGAAGUAUGGUUUGACCGAUAAAAAGUAUGACUCUUACUGGAGAAUGGUUGCGGACGCGAAGCUCCAGUCCGGCAGUGGUCACAGAUUCAGAUAUCUUAACAAAAAAGCCCAUAGUCAGCUGCUAUCCAUACUUCAGGGAUCAGAGGAAGUGAGCCACAAACAGCUGAUGCAUGACGCUCAAUCGAUUGCCGAUCGAACACAACAAUAUAUAGCACAAAACCGUGAGGUUAUGAUGCUGCAACGCCAGAAACAAGAUAUGAUUGAACUCAAAGCCUUUUUAGAGGAGAUCAGGAUACCUUCCGAGAUCCAGAGGGCAUUGAAGAACACCGAGGAUAAGAUUUAUGAGUUGCAGGAUCGCAUAAUACAGCGCAACCGGACGAAGCCGGUCAAACCGGGCAAAAAGUGGGGCGCAGUGUCAACAGACUCUAUUAGGCAGUUGCAAGAGCUUGACGAUAUUGACCGACUGCUUGAUGCCCAUAAGCAACAAGUCAACGAAAUUCGCGAACAAGCUCAAAAACUGGAAAAAAUCAGGACACGAAAAGAAGAGAUUUUGGCGGAGAAGCGUUUGCUACUGAAGCAGCUUGAAGAGCACGAGAAUGAAGAGCGGGAGGCUAAGAGAAUUCCCAUACCCGUGGAUACCAAUGAUCAGAAGAACCAGCCGACUUCGAAGAGUUUGGACUCUAUACUCGAUCAAGCAAUGAAGAGGGUUGGCAAGGGCUGGGAGGAGCCAAAGCUACAAAGUACUGAUCUUGAUUCCGAGAGCAUAAGAGCAACAGCACCGGUAAACGAGGGUACCGCUAUACAACUUCGGAAGCCUGGAAUAGGUUCAGUAUCUAUAUUGACUCGAUCAAAGUCCGAAGAUAAAGACCAAGACAUAAAUGGCAACGACAUGAAUCCGAUCACUUUCACUGCAUCCAGGCCGAGUGAUAGCCUGCAUUUGCAGGUUCCCACUGCAGGAUUUAUUCCUAUUGACGAGAAUCUCAUUGUCACGUUUGAGGGUUCGGUCCCAGAACUCCAAUCCUAUGUGUUCGAAAUGGCUCAGCGCCUCAAAAGCUCGUAUCCGCGUAUCGACACGCUGCCAUACAAUGUGUGGACCAGUCAGAACAAAGCGACAUUGCAGACGUGGCUGAAGAUUAUGGUGAAGAAGUGGCAGACGCGAUUCGACACCAUUGGCCAGGUAGAGAAAGACAUCAUGGAUGGGCGUAUUCAAGCUGUGCUUGAUCGAAUGGUUCGCGAUCACGAUCUCAGCAACGAAGCUGCAGAACGAAUGGCAGUGCGUUGGCACCAAGUCUUUGCGAAUAGAGGCAAAAUGCAUGGAGAUGCAGAGGGAUCGAUGAACUGGGAUGAGUUUCAAGCCGAAGGCCUUGGAUUCUUGACCAACGAGACGGAGUCUGAGGUACCAUCACAACAGGGACAAGCAGAAGCCAGGACGAUACCAGCAACGCUCUCAAGCACGAAUAAGAGACCAAGUCUACACGAAGAUUUGGGAAGCCAGGUUUCUCAUGAAUCCACUACGCGCAAAAUGUACUCGACCUCUUCGCGGUCAACACCACCAGCUCACGACCUCACAUUGCAGCCAAAAGAGAAGGAAAAGGAUGACGAGAAAGAAUCACCAGCACCAUACCUACCACACCUUACCCCCUCGGGAUCCGCACACAUGGUAUCUGUGUCUACAAAACAACACACCAUCCGCACCGCCAUCGCCAUCGGCUCAAUCCACUUCACAAACCCAACCCCUCUCUCCCUCAUCCGCUCCAACACCGCUAAAAAGGGCGACGUCCUAGGCGUAUCCCGCAUAGCUGGCAUCAUGGCCGCGAAAAAAUGCCCAGACCUAAUACCCCUGUGUCACCCCAUCCCACUCACACACGUCAGCGUCGAACUUGCUCCUUUCUCCGACGGACACGGAGGCGUAAAAAUCGAAGCCAAAGUCCAGUGUACGGGGCAGACAGGCGUGGAAAUGGAAGCGCUGACGGCUGUCAUGGGCGCGGCACUGAGUGUGGUUGAUAUGUGCAAGGCGGUGGAUAGGUUUCAGAGGGUGGAUGGGGUGAGAGUGGUGUUUAAGGAGGGGGGAAAGAGUGGGGUGUGGAGGGAGGAGGGGUGGAAGAGUUGGCAAGAGUAG